CCCAGAGUUGUCCUUCUUGUAUCGUAACACAUGCUUGACCUUGUUAAUGAUUUUCCGUCAAUGAUGAUAACCUAUAAACAUUCAAAAUGACUACAGACAAACUAGACGAAAAAUGUAUCUACUGCAAAGAAAUGGGGCUUACAGAAGCAGAUUUAGCCCUAGGUAAACCCCCAGCAAAGUUAUCUUCUACAGGGAAAGUGAUUGUUGGUGUAAUAGGAGGUCUUGUAGCCGGAGUUUAUGUGGCAGCGUUACCAUUUAUCGUUCCAGCAUUUAGGAAAGUUUGUUUACCUUUUGUUCCUGCCAGUGAAUCACAAGUACGAAAUGUUUUAUCCGCACUCAAAGGAAGGAAAGGGACAUUGUUGGAUAUUGGAAGUGGUGAUGGACGAAUUGUGAUAGAGGCAGCUAAAGUUGGCUUUAGAGGCACUGGUGUGGAACUUAAUCCGUGGCUUGUUUUAUAUUCAAGAUGGAAUGCAAGGAGACAUAAAGUGCAUAAGUUUACAACUUUUCAAACCAAAGAUCUGUGGAAAACAGACGUUGGAAGUUAUUCUAAUAUUUCCAUAUUUGGCGUAGAAUCUAUGAUGGACAGACUAGAAACAAAGUUUGAGGACGAAACUAACAAUGAUGUAAGAAUAGUGGCAUGUAGAUUUCCACUUCCAAACUGGGAACCAAUUGAAACAAUAGGAGAAGGUAUAGAUACAGUAUGGUUGUAUAAAAAACAAUGAUCAAUCAUCAAAUGGAAGAAGUGAUGAAAUGUGUCAGUGGAACAAAGACUAAGAUGGACAGAUCAGUAGACGAACAGAAAAGAAAACAUCAUAGAAUAAGUGGACAUGCUUUCAACCAAUUGUGCUGUCAGACUGUGAUGCUUGGAAUUCUAUUUACAAAAUGGAGAUAAUUGAUUUCAAUAAAACAUAGAUUUGAUACAA